GCAGACGAACAUUUCCUUGCAAACCAUCUAUCUUAAACAGUAUCAAAUAGACGCAAACUCAGUACAGCCAAUCCAACACAAAAAAUAAAAGUAGUUUCUGAAUUCAAGAAACGAAUCUGAUAUCUUCUUUUAACUCUCAAAAUCUAACCAUCAAAACUUCAUUUAAUUUGAAAAAAAAUUAUUCAAAUUUGAUUCAAUUUAAAUACAAUCUGCUGUGUUUAUACUGAAGAUUUGAAAAAAAUAAAAUUGAAAAAUGGUGUUGGGACCUUGGUUUAACAAGAAGGUCAUCGACCCUCUUCUUCAAAUCCUCCAAAGAGGUGCAGAGCCGAAGCAACUGGCGUUUUCUACAGCUCUUGGGCUCACGUUGGGAGUGUUUCCCAUUUGUGGAGUCACAGUCUUUUUAUGUGGGAUGGCUAUCGCUGUGCUGAAAUCUCACUGUCAUGCUCCAAGUAUGAUGCUUGCUAAUUUUAUUGCUACUCCAAUAGAAUUGAGUCUGGUAGUUCCUUUCUUGCGAUUUGGUGAAGCUCUGACUGGUGGACCUCAUUUUCCAUUAACAUCGGAUGCACUGAAGAGGGUUUUGACUGGCAAAGCUUCACAGGAGGUCCUAUUAAGUGUUGGUCAUGCGUUGAUGGGAUGGAUAGUCGCCUCACCUUUUAUUUUGACAGCACAAUACAUGAUAUUUUUGCCAGUUUUCAAGCUCCUGCUUAAGAAGUUUAGCACUAUUCCUUUAAGCCCCCAGAGGCCACUCCAUUCACACUCAGAAAUCAAGCUCAAGUGUUUUGCUACAGACUUCUCUGAUAGUUUCUGGAACUGCAAGUUGUUUCCCUAUGGAUACUGAUGAUGACUAUUAAGGCAUUGAAUGAAGCAAGGGGGUGAAAAUACAUGGCUGGGGACACACGAGCUAUUGUACCAAAUUGCUUUUACUUGGCGUUCAAUUCAGAGAUCCAUCAUAUGAUUUCUUAUUCUGCAUAUCAUACCAUUAUGAGCAAGAAGAUCCCAGCUCCUGUUUUUGUUGUUGAAUUGCUGCAGAUUUCGCUGCUGCAGGGAGAGUCUAGUUUCCUAUUUGUUUAGUUUAUACCUUAGUCUCCUCUGCUUAGCAUCAAAUGAAUGAAAUCAGAGCUGAAACUCUCAACGAUCUGUUAUAUCUAACUUUUAAGUAGGUCCUUGCUAUUGGUAAAGGAUGUAUUGCUAUCAUCUCAUUAUACAUAAAAAGUCAGUAAAGAGUGCGUCAAUUUUUUUAACUGAAAA